CUCCCCCCAGCUUAGAGACUUCUGGGCCCCGAGAGGAUUUAACAGACACUCCAGAGGGGUUCAGUUCUGCGCGGUGCCAUGGAGCGCGCCAAGGAGCGCAGCUGGGGCGGCCCCCGGAGUACCCUGGGAGCUUGAGAAGCAAGCCCCCUUCGGGCCCGGCUGGGAGGCCGGGGUCCUGGGCUCGGAAUUCGCGGGGACGCCCUUGGCGACCAGCCCAAGUUGCGUAGACUGACGGGACUUGGGAAUUCCCGCCGUCCCCCUCCUCAAAGCCCGGGAGUUCCCGAAUUCAGACCUUUCCCGGGGAAGAAAGGGGGCAGACUGUGUAGACUUACCCCCUUUCGGGGAGCAGUGACAGAGGGAGGCGCUGAGAUUUCGGCCGGGGCUCCGAGAGCCCCCGGCUCUGCGCGCUUGCGGGGUCGGUCCAGCGCAGGCAGCGGUCUGGGCUGCGGAACCGUCGGAGCAUCGUGCUCCCGGAGGACCAGAAGUUUGCCUGGGACUCCUUCCAAGUCCCAGAACCGUCUCCGCUCCGCCCGUUCUCUGCUCUCCAAGGCCGGGGAGCCCCCUACCCUGUCCCCUGGGGGCCCUCCUUGAAGGGGCCAGCGGGGGCAGCCUAGACCCGGGCUCCCGAACUUGGCUGCGCGGGGCUCGGGGAGGAGCUGAAGGAGGCCAGCCUGGCGUGUUUGAUGGCUUCACUGAGAAGGGUCAAAGUGCUGCUGGUGUUAAAUCUGAUCGCCGUGGCCGGCUUCGUGCUCUUCUUGGCCAAGUGUCGGCCCAUCGCCGUGAAGAGCGCGGACGCCUUCCGGGACGUCCAUUCCCGGGCAGAGGCGGCGAACUUGACCCAGCACGGCCCCAACCCAGUCCAGGAUGGGGUUCUGAAGAGGCUCUCCCUGCUGGAGGACAUUGUCUACAGGCAGCUCAAUGGCUUAUCCAAGUCCCUUGGGCUUAUCGAAGGCUAUGGUGGGCGGGGCAAAGGGGGGCUCCCUGCCACCCUUUCUCCAGCGGAAGAAGAAAAGGCCAAGGGUCCUCAUGAGAAAUAUGGCUACAAUUCCUACCUUAGUGAAAAGAUUUCACUGGAUCGAUCCAUACCAGAUUACCGCCCAACCAAGUGUAAGGAGCUGAAAUAUCCCAAGGAUCUGCCCCAGAUUUCCAUCAUAUUUAUCUUUGUGAACGAGGCCCUGUCGGUGAUCCUGCGGUCUGUCCAUAGUGCUGUCAAUCACACACCAGCUCAUCUGCUGAAAGAGAUUAUCCUGGUGGACGACAACAGUGAUGAGGAGGAGCUGAAGGUGCCUUUGGAGGAGUACGUUCACAAGCGCUAUCCGGGGCUGGUGAAGGUGGUACGUAAUCAGAAGCGGGAAGGCCUGAUCCGGGCACGGAUCGAAGGCUGGAAGGUGGCCACAGGGCAGAUCACCGGCUUCUUCGAUGCCCACGUGGAGUUCACUGCAGGCUGGGCUGAACCUGUUCUGUCCAGGAUCCAAGAAAACCGGAAGAGGGUGAUCCUCCCCUCCAUCGACAACAUCAAACAAGACAACUUUGAGGUCCAGCGGUACGAGAACUCAGCCCAUGGCUACAGCUGGGAGCUCUGGUGCAUGUACAUCAGCCCCCCGAAGGACUGGUGGGAUGCCGGGGACCCUUCCCUUCCCAUCAGGACGCCAGCUAUGAUUGGGUGCUCGUUUGUGGUCAACAGGAAGUUCUUCGGGGAAAUAGGCCUGCUGGACCCUGGGAUGGAUGUGUAUGGAGGAGAAAAUAUAGAGCUUGGGAUCAAGGUGUGGCUCUGUGGUGGCAGCAUGGAGGUCCUGCCCUGUUCUCGAGUGGCCCACAUCGAGAGGAAGAAGAAGCCUUACAACAAUAACAUUGGCUUCUACACCAAGAGGAAUGCUCUGCGAGUGGCCGAGGUCUGGAUGGAUGAUUACAAGUCCCACGUGUACAUUGCCUGGAACCUGCCCCUGGAGAAUCCAGGAAUAGACAUUGGUGAUGUCUCAGAAAGGAGAGCCUUAAGGAAAAGGUUGAAGUGUAAGAACUUUCAGUGGUACCUGGACCAUGUUUAUCCUGAGAUGAGGAGAUAUAACAACACCAUUGCCUACGGGGAGCUUCGCAACAACAAGGCUAAAGACGUCUGUUUGGACCAGGGGCCCCAAGAGAACCACACCGCGAUCCUCUAUCCCUGCCACGGCUGGGGACCUCAGCUCGCCCGCUACACCAGGGAAGGCUUCCUGCACCUGGGCGCUCUGGGGACCACGACCCUCCUGCCAGACACCCGAUGCCUUGUGGACAACUCCAAGAGCCGUUUUCCCCAACUCCUGGACUGUGACAAGGUCAAGAGCAGCCUACACAAACGCUGGAAUUUCAUACAGAAUGGAGCGAUCAUGAAUAAGGGGACAGGCCGCUGCCUUGAAGUCGAGAGCCGACCCAGCAUCGACCUUAUCCUCCGUAGCUGCACAGGACAAAGAUGGACGAUUAAAAACUUCAUAAAAUAGAUCAGGGGAAGCUGGGGAGCCCUGCCCUACAGAACAUGCCUUGGCUCCCCCAUGCUGUCUUUCAAAGAGCAUGUAUCUCUUCCAGAGCCUGGGAGAGAAAUCAAGGGCCAGGCAGGGGCUUUGGUGACCUUCUGGGGUCUUCUGUGGGGCCCCUUCAUCUCUCCUGGGUGGGGAAGCUGGUGGGGUAUCCAAUCGUCUGCUCCCUUCCUGCCUCCUUCUCAUCAAACAAUGAAGCUUCUUUUGGAAGGAACCCACCUGGACCAGACAAUCCCUGGAUGGGCUUGCUUAGAAUCUCUCACUGGGGCAUCUCAGCCUUGAUCUAGGAAAGCAUCCUUCCUCUCAGCUCUAAAAAACCUGCUGCUGUGUCUGCGGCCAGGGAUGCUGACCAUUCAAAGAAAAGAAACUCUCCACCACCUUCUUUCUCCUUCUCUCUCAGCACACACACACACACACACACACACACACACACACACACAGGAAAAGAAUCCCAAUCUGAAGAGACAAAGAACGUUCUUCCCUUUGGACCAGUGCUUCUCUCACGUCUCUUUCUAGUAUUUCACUAUAGGAGCUAGAUUCCACUUCUGUCUGUGAAUGUGCUAGGCAGCUUUGGCAUCUGCUCCUCAGCCUUUCUGGAAGAAAGGUGCUAAAUUCCUCCCAAAUCUGUUGCCCCUCAUGCCUACCCUAGGGAAGCCAGCAGGGCCUUCAGUCCACUUUGGUCCUGAAACAUGCCCUUGUCCCAGAAUGCUCCUUCUCUACAGAGCCCUUCCACAUGGUCUCUGUCUCUGCUGCUGGGCCCAGCUUACGAUGGGUGUUUCCAGAGAGGCCGGAAGGAAACUGGGUGUUCUGGGAGCUUAAUGGGUAAAUGCUUGCCGUGUGGGUUCUGCCAAGCUGGGCCUCCCUUUGUUUCUUGGGACUUUUUAGCCCCUCCUUCAUGGAAGUAAAGAAGCCAGCUGGUGGCAGAUGAGAAAGGGUGCCUCUUGUCUUACUUGGGCUGGAGAAGGGAAAAUCAGCUCCUGAUGGCCCCUAUUGCUGGGUCUCGGUUACCUACAGUCGAUCAAAUCGUAAUGUUCCAUGUGUUGAGGACUGCUGAGCAGGAACUUGGAUGAGUAUUUCCAUAUGUGCUGGAAGAGGAGGAGGAGGAGAAGGAAGAAAAGGCAGCCCCAUUCCCCCUACUUGAGAGAGGAGUCCUCACUCAUCGUAGCCUGCUCCGCUAUCUGGACCUGGAGACCUGUUUCCCUUGUGCCCUCAGGACCUCAGGAUCUGGUGCUCAGACUUAAGGCCAGAACCCUGGGGCCGGGGCCCACCCAGCAGUCCCCUGGGGAGGUCGGGCACUAUGGGGCUGUGUAUACUAAAGCUGUUUUAUGCCUGUGUCUAUACUUCCAUCCCAAGCUCUGCAGAGGAUGGAGAAGGCAGCGAUUUCCUGUCUUAGGAGUAAUAAUUUUUCUGAUGCCCUCUGGUUAGGGUACACUUAUAAAUUAAAGUUAAUAUAUAUGUGUGUGCGUGUGUGUGUGUGUGUGUGUACACGUGAGUGUGCGUGUG